UACGUGUUGACGUACAGCAAGAUGGUGGUCGACAGCGACAGGCGCGAGUAGCAGCGAUGGUAAAGUGGAAUUCCCGUUGAUAACACAAGUCGCGAGUGGAGCAGUAUUUGCGGUGGAGUAAUAUUGCAUUCGCAUUCGUGUUGGCAUUGCGUUGCGUUGCUGACGGUGGGGCCGAAGAGAAUUUGCAGCGGAAACUCGCGCAUGCUGUGCAACACGAGCAAGAAACUUGCUCCGAGAUGCACCACGAGACAUCAAUGUACUCCAGGCAGUACUAGCAGCAGUGUAAAGAGGACAAAAAUGUUAUGAAUAAUUUCAAUAGGUAAAUUACAGUAAUCAAUUUGCAAACUUUUACCAUGUCUAAUAGUGAGGAGGAUUCAGCAGUCACAGGAUUCCAUCAGCUAAGUAUUACUAUUGAAGCUGCCAGUUUGAGAAGUUCAUCCUUUCUAAAACCAAAUCCUUAUGUGGAAUUUUCUAUUGACAAUAAAAGUCCAAGAAAGACAGAAGUCUUUAAAUCAACUCUACAGCCAAAAUGGAACGAGGAAUUUACAGUUUUGGUUACGCCACACUCCUUACUUCAUUUUCGUCUUUUGGAUCACAGCUCAUUUCGCAAGGAUACAUUGAUUGGCGAAAAAAAAAUUAAUCUAUAUCACAUUCUUGAACCAUAUAAUGGCAAGUUGGAAAAUCUGGAGCUAACUUUAGAUUUGCUAGCUGGUAACAAACAUGAAUACUGUCAGGCCAAAGUUGGUGAUCUAAUCACAGUAUUUGAUAAACUCAAGAUAGACAUGAGUAAUAUUGCUCCCCCAUCUCACCCUAGACUAAAUACUCUACACACUAUGAGAUCUUUACCUUGUGCUGUAAACAAUGAUACUGCAAGCAAUCAUAGUAUCUUAAAUGGCGGCAUUAGGGCUCGCGUGCGAUCUCAAAGCACUGAGAAUGCCGCACCUUCGUUGUCAACUAGCCAACCAGUUUUACAUCGAAACUGUUCAAAUACUAUUCAAGAAUGCAAUAAUACUGGUCAAACAGAGAAUGAAGCAAGUGGUAUGAGAGCUAUUGCAGCAUAUACUCCUCUUUAUCAAAAUGGUACAGCCGCUAGUCACAAUAACGUUACUGCAAACGACGUGACUGCUGAGGCUAAUUGUUCGACUAUGAUCCGACCAUCGGCACAACCUUGUACUUCUAGUGUGCCAAAUCAAGUUGAAAGCAUACAUCAGGAAGAGCCAUUACCAGCUGGUUGGGAAAUGAGAUAUGACGUAUAUGGUCGAAGAUAUUACGUUGAUCAUAAUACGCGCAGUACUUCAUGGGAGCGACCACAACCAUUACCACCGGGUUGGGAAGUCCGACGAGAUAUGCGAGGUCGCAUAUAUUACGUCGAUCAUAAUACAAGAAGUACGACUUGGCAAAGGCCAAAUACAGAGAGGUUACAACAUUUCCAGCAAUGGCAGGGCGAAAGACAAUAUGUCGUUCAGCAAGGAAAUCAAAGAUUUUUGUAUCCUCAGUCACACCAAGCGAUGGCUGCUGGUCCUUCAACGUCAACCGCUGAAGAGGAUGACGGUUUAGGUCCUCUACCAGCCGGUUGGGAACGGCGGCGACAACCCGAAGGACGAGUGUAUUAUGUUAAUCACAAAAAUCGUACAACUCAGUGGGAGGAUCCACGUACGCAGGGCCAAGAAACGAUGGAUGAACCACCGCUGCCUGACGGUUGGGAAAUAAGAUUAACCGAGGACGGUGUUCGAUAUUUCGUUGAUCACAACACGAGGACGACUACAUUCCAAGAUCCACGACCGGGUGCUCCGAAAGGACCAAAAGGAUCAUGUCGUGUACCAAGAGCGUACGAAAGAUCAUUUCGCUGGAAGCUUUCCCAGUUUCGAUUUUUGUGUCAAACAAACGCUCUACCGAAUCACAUUAAAAUCACAGUCAGCAGGCAAACACUCUUCGAAGACUCUUAUCAUCAGAUAAUGAAUGCCGAAGCGUUUGCUCUCAGGCGUAGGUUGUACAUAAUUUUCAAGGGUGAAGAAGGUUUAGAUUAUGGCGGUGUUUCCAGAGAGUGGUUUUUCUUGCUGAGUCAUGAAGUUCUUAACCCGAUGUAUUGCCUUUUCGAGUACGCCAACAAAAGCAAUUACAGUUUACAAAUAAACCCUGCGUCGUAUGUAAAUCCAGAUCAUUUGAAUUACUUCAAGUUUAUCGGUAGAUUCAUAGCCAUGGCGCUGUAUCAUGGUAGAUUUAUAUACAGUGGAUUCACAAUGCCAUUUUAUAAGCGCAUGUUAAAUAAAAAAUUAAUAAUGAAAGAUAUUGAGUCAAUUGAUCCAGAAUUUUAUAAAUCUCUGGUCUGGAUAAAGGAAAAUAAUAUCGAUGAAUGCGGUCUCGAAUUAUACUAUAGUGUUGAUUUCGAAAUUCUUGGUCAAGUUAUUCAUCACGAAUUAAAGGAGGGAGGCGAUAAAGUCAAAGUCAUCGAAGAAAAUAAAGAAGAGUACAUAAGGCUAAUGACGGAAUGGCGAAUGACGAGAGGUAUCGAGGAGCAAACCAAAGCAUUUUUGGAAGGUUUUAAUUCUGUUGUACCGUUAGAGUGGCUAAAAUACUUUGACGAACGAGAGCUUGAGCUUAUGCUGUGCGGAAUGCAAGAAAUUGACGUUGAUGAUUGGCAAAGAAAUACUAUUUAUAGACACUAUACACGAAAUAGUAAGCAAGUUUUAUGGUUUUGGCAGUUUGUGAAAGCAGCAGAUAAUGAGAAACGAGCACGGCUUUUACAAUUUGUCACUGGAACUUGCAGAGUUCCUGUAGGUGGAUUUGCGGAAUUAAUGGGAAGCAAUGGUCCGCAAAGAUUUUGUAUAGAAAAAGUCGGUAAAGAAACAUGGUUACCAAGAUCGCACACGUGUUUUAAUAGACUGGACUUGCCGCCGUACAAAAGCUACGACCAAAUGGUAGAGAAGCUUAACUAUGCCAUUGAGGAGACUGAAGGUUUUGGCCAAGAGUGAAAUUAUUCCAAGAUGACAAUUUUUUUUUUUGCAUAGCAUAAAUGUGAAGGUUAUUAAAUUUUAUCGAAAUCAAAAGUGGCUUUUUUCAACAAAAUUUUAAAUUGGAAUUGUUUUUUAGAAGUUUUUAUUAGCUUUGUAAUAUAAAAAGUAAAUAUUUUUGAACUCUGAAUUCUGAAUGUCGAUUGCUUUUAAUUAUUACUUUUUAAAACCGGUCAUUAAAAGGAGUAGAUGCAAAAUGUAAAAUACUUAUGACGCAUUUGUGUGAUUUUGUACGAAGAGGUAAUUGUGAGAUAUUGCAAUUUUUUAUAAUAUCAGAAUGAUUUAUUUCGUGAAAAAAUCCAUAUUUUAUGAUUAAAGAACAAACUCAACUGUCACUUUUGAACUU